AUGACGGAGGCGGACGACCCCCUGGCAUUCCUCGACACCUUCGAGGCGGUGGCGGAGGCCUGUGAUUGGCCGGCGGCGGAGUGGGCGGUGCGCCUCCUGCCGCUCCUGUCAGGGGAGGCGCAGAUGGCGGCUCUCGCCCUCCCAGCGGCAGCACGCGCCACCUACGGCCCGGUGCGGCGGGCGCUCCACGACGCGGCGGUGCGGUGGCUGCGACCCGGCGAAGCGGAGGGGGAGAAGCGGCUCGUGCAGCAGGUGGUACUGGAGCAAUUCGUCCAGGGGCUCCCCACCCGGACGGCGGCGUGGGUCCGCUGCCAUCGCCCGGGGACCCUGCAGGAGGCAAUCACCCUGGCCGAGGACCAUCUGGCGGUCCAUCCGGCGGCGGGACCCGCAACGCGUCCCACUCCUGCGCCGCGCCGGAGGUUCGCCGCGGCAGGGGGUCCCGCGACAAUGAAUAAUAAUGCUUCUCCCUUUUCCCCUCCCCAGAGCUCGCACCCGGUUCCACCCGCGCCAGCUGACCCGGCGGGGGCCCCUCAAACGCCUGGGCAGGGCUGCUGGCGGUGCGGCCAGCCCGGACACAUCAGGCGGGACUGCCCGCUGAUGGAGGUGGGCCAGGUGAUCCGGGUGGCCGGUCCGCCAGCAUCCUCCCCGGACUCAGGAGGGACAUACCGGGUUCCGACUGAUGCCUCGAACAGAGGGCUGGGGGCCGUUUUGUCCCAGCAGGUGGAGGGGAUGGACCGCCCCGUGCUAUACAUCAGCCGCAAGCUGUCGGAGAGGGAGGGGCGGUAUAGCACGGUGGAGAAGGAGUGCCUCGCCAUUCGGUGGGCGGUCGGGUCCCUGCGCUACUACCUCCUGGGACGCCCAUUCACCCUCUGGUCGGAUCAUGCUCCCCUCCAGUGGCUCCAUCGCAUGAAAGAUACCAAUGGGCGGAUCACACGUUGGUAUUUGGCUUUACAGCCCUUUAAUUUCAGAGUGGUUCACAGGCCGGGGGCUCAGAUGGCGGUCCCUGACUUCCUCUCCCUAGGGUGUGGGCUCUGGAGACAGGAGAAGGACGGAAGCAGACCAGAGGGGACGAGCAGCUCGGCUGACGAGGCCUCUGAGUAA